AUGUUCCGCACGCACCCGCUCACCGUCGCCGCUCUUUCGCUCUUCUCGCUCGCCGCCCGCGUGGUGCGAGCCUCGCCCUGCGUCACCUUCGACGCCAACUUCAACCUGCUCGCCUUCGGGCUCGACGGCAAGGACUGGAACGCGGGCACCCAGGACUCGUGGACGAGCGGUAGCGCGUCCGAGAUCACCGCCAGCGGUCGCCCGCCGUUCGACGGCACGAACACGACCUGCUACCUCGCCCAGUUCUACAACGCCAUCUACGUCCUCAACGGCGACGCCUCCUCCGCCUCCUCCGUCCACAUCUACGACGCCACCGCCAAAUCCUGGUCCACCCAGUCCGUCACCGCCGGCACCUUCGACCCCAGCGCGGACUACAAGGCCGUCCUCGACCACGACACCAACGUCUUCUACGCCCUCUCCGGCGCGGGCGAGCUCUUCUUCCUCGACAUGGGCGCCCUCACGAGCGCGAACGGCUCGGCGAUCGCCUGGACGGACGUCGAGAAGGCCGGGUUCGACGCGGACGGGUACGACCCCGUCAUGGCGCUCGCGCAGAACCACGUCCACUUCCUGAACGUGCCCGGCGUCCCCGCCGGCUCCGCCCAGAUCUUCGUCAUCCACUUCUCCUUCUUCCAGCCCGACGCGCAGGCUUACCCCCAAUCGGACGGCUCGACCGGCUUCCCCGCCACGCACGGCCAGACCGCCUCCUUCUUCCAGUCCUCGGGCGUCCAACAAGAGUUCGCCUUCAUCCCGGACGACGGCUCGGCGACCUACGUCAUCAACGUCGAGAACAACUCGACGACGCAGCUCGCGGGCCCGAGCACGAAAGACGCCGGCGCGCGCUACGCCGCCUCCAUCACCGCGCUCGUCCAGCUCGCCCCGGACGGGUCCGUGAGCUACCUGCCGUACAAGCAGGGCGACGCCGCGACGAACGCCGCCGCCUCCUGGGCCUCCGUGAAAAACCUCGCGUCCGCCGCGCCCGCGAGCGCCGGCGCGUCCGGCUCCGCGACGGCGAGCGGCUCGAAGGGCGCCACCGGCACCGGCACCGCGUCCGCGACGGGCUCGGGCUCGUCCAGCACGACGACGACCAGCGGCGCGAGCCAGCAGCAGCGCGUGUUCGCCGGGAUGGGCGUCGCUGCCGUCCUCGGCGCCCUCGCGCUCUUGAUCUGAUCCGUGAAUCCUGAUCUACGUACGAUUCGGGGUCGUUCGGACCCCAUCGCGUUUCUUUUGGAUGAUCUUAAAGAUAGAUCUUCGGACGUUUAUCGUGUGCGACGCGGAUCCAUCACUACUAUUCGGCUGGCUAAAUAACAAGUAUCGUUACUAAUCCCCCCCCCUCCCCCCCUUGCAACCGCCCCUUCCCC